CAUGGAGGCAGUUUGUAUUUGGUCUACAAUGAAAAAAACAAUUGAGAUUCAGUUUUUAUAGAGUUUAAGCAGUUACCAGUUUAGGGGUUAUUUACCUGGAAGGAAGAGUUGUAGGUCUGUGCAACUUACAUGCUUUGAUAAGGUCCAGGGGCUCCAGGCCAUAGGGCACUUUCAUACAGAAGAAAGAGUAUCCACUAGAGUGGCAUCAACUUCACAAAGCAGUUUCAUAUGUGAUGUCCUUCAACUGAUUAUACCCACAAGACUGAAAUAUAUACAGCCGUAGUUAUACCCACAAUAGCUUCUCCUGCUAAUGCAGCUAACAAGAAAGAAGGGGAAGAAGAAAAAUUCCUGCAGUAGUUGGCAAUCUGUUUCCAAGAGUGCUGGAACAAAAGCAUGUUCUUUUGCGAAGUGUACAGCUAUAGCACAAGCGAACACUUCUGCAUGUUAUAGUAAACCAAACAGCGGUCUACCUCCACCAGCAAGAAAUAAACCUUGAUAGUCCCUAAUAACAAAGCCAAUACCUCCAUUCUAUAUUGAUAAUGCACCAUCUUAUAGGAGGAGCAGACCAACGAACUACUCUUGCCUACCACACCAACUUUCAAGUUGUAAAAUCUGAAAGCAUUCAAUCUAGCUAGUCAUGGACAUAAGCAACACAUCACAUUCAGGUAUGACUUAUGCUCCCAAACUAUACUGUUACGUUCCUUCCAUAUGCCCCAAAGUAAAAAAAAUCAAAUCCCCCCAAAUACUUGGAAGCUAGCUUAUGAACGCAAAAGCUGAAUCAAUGCACAAGUAGCAAUGUUAGUGUGAAAACACACCUGAGCCAAAACUCCAUUAGACAGCAGCAGUUGCUUAGUGUAAGGCAGUCUCUACAUAUAUGUAACGUUGUCUCCAACACUGCAGAACAGUCAAAUCAAAGGCCCGAGAGAUUUAAUGAACUAAAACGAUUGUGCCAAAUCAUACUCGGAUACUCCUCCCAAGCUAUUGUUUUCACAGCUUCAAAGAAUGAUUCACUUGAUGCUGGAAGACCUAUCUUCUAAGUUGAGUAGUCCCACAAGAGGGCAAGACAUCUCUCGAUGAUCUUAUACCAUCAUUACGAAAAAAAAAAAAAUUAAGAAGUUGGCAGAAUUAUUAGAUAUGUGAUAUUCCCUUGAAAGCAAUCACUACAGCUUAGGGAACCAGAGAACUGUGAAAUGGUGGCUUUCAAAGUCCCAAGAUAGAGAUCACCACUCAGAAACAACAAAUGGCUUCCACACCUGGAAUUCUUACUGACUGGCCAUGGACACCUCUCGGGAAAUUUAAGUACGUGGUGUUAGCUCCUUGGGUGAUUCACAGCACAUACUCGUAUAUGUUUGGAGAAGAAAGCACAGAUCUAUUUUACAUACUCGUACUUCCAUUUUUGUUGUGGAGGAUGCUCCACAACCAGAUAUGGAUAUCACUUUCUCGCUAUCAAACUGCAAAAGGCAAAGCAAUCAUUGACAAGGGCCUCGAGUUCGAACAAGUCGACAGAGAAAGAGAUUGGGAUGAUCAGAUCAUAUUCAAUGGAAUACUGUUCUACGUAAGCAGGUGCGUCUUGUUUAAAACUGACCUGCCAAUUUGGAGAGGAGAUGGGUUGGUCAUGACGAUACUGCUUCAUGCUGGUCCGGUCGAGUACCUCUACUACUGGUUACACAGAGCACUUCACCACCAUUUCCUCUACUCUCGCUACCAUUCUCAUCACCAUUCCUCCAUUGUCACUGAACCAAUCACUUCUGUGACUCACCCAUUUGCGGAGCACAUAUCAUAUUUCAUGCUCUUCGCAAUACCAAUGAUCGGAACUCUGUUGAUCGGAACGGCUUCCCUCACAUCCUAUUUUGUUUAUAUUACUUGUAUCGACUUCAUGAACAACUUGGGACACUGCAAUUUCGAGUUCAUUCCCAACUGGAUCUUCUCUCUUUUUCCUCCUCUUAAGUAUCUCAUGUAUACUCCCUCGUACCACUCUUUGCAUCACACACAAUUUCGAACCAAUUACUCCCUAUUCAUGCCAAUCUAUGACUAUAUAUAUGGUACCAUGGACAAGUCCAGUGAUUCACUACAUGAAUCUUCACUCAGGAAAGAGGAGACAACUGAUGUCGUUCAUCUUACACAUUUAACAUCAACUAAAUCCAUCUACCGACUCCCACUGGCAUUUGCUUCCUUGGCCUCUAAUCCACGAACUUGUACAUGGUACUUAUGGCUGUUGUGGCCAGUGACAUUAUGCUCGUUGAUGCUAACUCGGUUAUUUGGCCGUUCAUUUGUUAUUGAGAGGCAGCGUUUUGGUAAACACAGACUACAAACUUGGGUUAUUCCAAAAUACAGUUUGCAGUACUCGCUCUCAUGGCAAAAUGAAGCUAUAAACAGAGCGAUUGAGGAUGCCAUACUUGAAGCUGAGCAAAAGGGUGUCAAAGUUAUUAGUCUAGGUCUCUACAAUCAGGGUGAGGGGCUCAAUAGCUAUGGUGGUAUAUAUGUCCAAAGGAAUCCAGGACUGAAAAUCAAGGUGGUGGAUGGAAGUAGCUUAGCUGUUGCUGUCAUUCUUAACAGCAUUCCCAAAGGAACAACCCAGGUUCUCCUUAUAGGCUACCUCACAAAGGUUGCUUAUGCUCUUGCCUUUUCUUUGUGCCAGAGGGAUAUUCAGGUAGUUACAGUACACCAGGCUGAGUAUUUGAAGCUCACCAAAUCUUUAAAUGCCACAGAAGGUAAGGUGGUUCAUGACAGAAGCUAUGCUCAAAAGAUUUGGUUGGUGGGAGAUGGAUCGAGUAAAAAAGAACAGUUGAGUGCACCAAAAGGAACAAUAUUUGUUCCAUUCUCUCAGUUUCCACCAAAAAAGUUGCGCAGAGACUGCUUCUACCACUACACACCAGCAAUGAAGAUCCCCAAGUCUCUUGAGAAUGUUUACUCUUGCGAGAACUGGUUGCCGAGGAGAGUGAUGAGUGCUUGGCGUAUAGCAGGAAUAGUGCAUGCAUUGGAAGGUUGGAAUGAGCACGAGUGUGGCUACACCAUGUCCAACAUUGACUAAGUUUGGCAAGCAACUCUUCGACAUGGCUUUCAGCCUCUAAUCUCAAAAGAUUGAUCAGUCACCUUUUCAACUCUUCAAGUCUUUUGUUAUUAAUCCCAUAACAAAAGAAUGGAACUAGAGCCAUCUGCUUUGCUUUUCUUAAUGCAGCUAUGUACCAAUGAAAGAAUAAAAGUUCUUGCAAUCUGAAGGAGAAAAAGACCCAAAAGAUUUUCCUUGCCAUUUACAUCUCAUAUUUACAGAAUAAUUCCCCUAACUUCUUCUACAAAAUUCUUAACCCAACCACCCCGCUCGGAUCCUUUUCCCCCACCCCAUAAAUAUUCACACGGUAUCAAUAUAACUCUAACUGCACCAAAAUGGGAGUAAAUUAUCUUCUAUAAAACUUCCUUUCUUCCCCUCGACUCUUUUUCCUCUAGAGGUCUGCCAGUUCACAACCCUCUGACGCCCCAACUUUAGGCAGCAAUGAUGGAUGAGUUGCAGACCAGCUUCUUAAGGAGGCAAGAAGCAAACUAAAAUGAAGGACUUAUAGAACAUUCUUCUCAAU